CGAUGAUGAUGUUUGUGCCGAUUGACGUUUGUAAAGGUUGGCAAUAAUAAAAACUGUGUGUGUGGUAAAGAAAGAAAAAAGAAAACACCAAUAGUUUUACAUUGGAAAAAACUUAGAAUUUCUCACGAAACUAGUAAAAGGAUUUAUUCCGCCUUUCCAACGACAAACGCACACAAACGUAAAAUAAUCUCGUUUUCUCUUUGCUAUUUGCGUUGACAGUUCGUGAUUAGUGUUGCAUAUCGUGGUGAAUACAACUCUGUGUACGGUAGAACCUAGAAAUUGUUAUCUUCACAAUGAGUGAUGAUUCUGAUUAUGAAGAAGAAGAAUAUUUAGUGUUUGCCGAUUUCAAAAAUCAAAUCCUACCUAAAGAAUUAUCGGAUGAAAAUUCAGCUAUAAAAAUCAUUGGAAUUGAAACAAAAAAUCCUGUUGCAGAAAUAAAUGGCAACAUAUUCAAAGGUACAUACGACUUUGUAAUGGGCACUGAUGUAUUUUUUGAAAAGGACGACGAUGCCCCGCCAGAUGAUCCCCUAUUCGAAGCUACAUGCCGGCAAAAGUUUAAAGUUUUCGGAAAGACUAAUAAAGUAAUAAAUUUUGAAAGAAUGUACGUGGAAAGUUUGCGUGAAACAGACCAACAAAUGGGCGAUGCCGAAACUGAAGCAGCAACAGAAACGCCAGCAGAUGAAAAUAAUAUGAAAUUGAAUAUGAACUACGACGAAGCCAUUAAACAAUUUCCAAAUGUAAACGAUCCUCAAUGGAAGGAAAAAGAUCUAUUUUGAAAUUAACUUCUGAAAAAAUGAAUAAAAUCUGACAGUACAAAUUAA